AUGCGGACACCAAACCAACUUUACACCCGCAAUGACUUGUGGGAACUAAAGGAUGGAAUGGUGGAUCCUGAAAUCCAAGCCCAAGUCAACGCCUUCCGCAAACAUCUCCUUCCCUUGUUCCACUGCCAAAAGGUGCACUCAAAUCUCAUCCCAAUUCAACAGUACCUUCUCACUACACUACAUCACAAACCUGAUUUCAUUGUCUUCAACUCGGACAAAAAUCUUGGCCCUGUACUUCUGGAACGUGAGGCAUACGCCCAACGCUGCCUUACUGACCAUCUCCUCACCGAGACCUACCAACAGCUCUCCACCAAGGAUGCACACGUGUUCACUACAGAAACUGGCCAACUGAUUGCCAAAUUUCUUAAUGAUAACGCAUCUGCCAUCACAAAAAUGAACAUGACGUACCUCCAGAGAACCCUUGACCGUGUCACUGACUCCUAUGCCUAUUUCUACGCACUUGCAAAGAUCCAUAAGAGCCCCUGGAAAACGCGACCAAUUGUCUUGGUCUCUGGCAGCCUACUCUGGCCUAUGGCCUCGGUAAAUGGCUGGAUCAACAACUCCAACUCAUCAUCCGCAAACUACCUACCUAUUUUUCAAGCUUGUUUGUACUCAAAACUGAUAUUGACAACAUGGCCGGAACCGAUUUCUCUCGCAUGA